AGUGAAUAUUUACCGGACGUUGACUUUCGUGUACGUUAUCUGAGUGGUUUUACGGGCAGUAAUGCUUACGUUGUGGUGACGAAUAAAGAAGCAUUAUUAUGGACCGAUGGAAGGUACACCAUUCAGGCAAAGAAGCAGUUGGGUGAUGGAUGGAAGAUAAUGGAAGAAGCAACACCGAAGUCGAUAACACCACUCGAUUGGAUUGUGCAUAAUAUGCCAACAAAUUCAGUAGUUGCAUUCGAUGCACAACUUCAUACUUACGGUGAUGCGACACGCAUUAUUGAUGUGUUGAAGAGUGCCAAUAUGAAGUGUUCGAUUCUGAACGAAAAUUUAGUGGAUAAAUUAUGGGUGGAUCGUCCACGGAGAAGUUCAAAUAAAGUAAUAGCGCUGGAGAAAAGUGAGCAUGGACAGGAAUCGAGUGACAAAAUAGAUGAAAUUCGUAAGAAGAUGAUGAAAAAGAAAUGUUCUUCUGCCAUAUUCACUGCGCUUGAUGAUAUUGCUUGGUUGUUGAAUAUUCGUGGUGCAGAUAUACCUUAUAAUCCGUUAGUGUAUUCGAACGUGUUGAUCACCGAAAAAGAGGCUCAUCUUUUCAUUGAUGAGAACAAAUUGGAUGAUAAUAUAAGGAAAAGAUUGCCGGUUAUCACUCAUGAUUACGAUCACACUGUGGACUGGUUGAAGAAUUGGAAUGAAGAGCAAAUAAGGAACAAUAGAGAGACACAUAAGGUGUUGCUGGCGGAUACGGUGAACUAUCAGAUCGGUUCUGUAUUUGGUAAGGACUUUGCGGUGGUGGGCGCUUCAUUGAUACAGAGUAUGAAGGCACGCAAAAACGACAUCGAAUUGGAACGAUCUCGAUUAGCGCAUAUGCGAGAUAGCGUUGCACUGGUCGAGUUCUUUUGUUGGUUGGAGAACGAGUUACGGAGUGGUAAUCAAGUGACCGAGUUGAAAGCCUGUGAGAAGGUGAAAGAAUUCCGUGAGAAGAAACCGUACUACGUGGAUCUGAGUUUCGAGACAAUCGCUGCAGUAGAUGAGCAUGCAGCAUCACCGCAUUAUGCGCCUGAUCAGAUCACUGGACAACGCGCCAUCACCGAGCAUUCGGUCUUUUUGCUCGAUUCCGGAGCUCAUUAUCGUGAUGGAACAACGGAUGUGACACGAACGGUGUCGUAUGCGAAUGAAUUGGAGGAUGAGUUGAAAUUCUUGAAUACUUUGGUUCUCAAAGGACAUAUUGACACGGCUAUGAUGCAGUUCCCUGAUGGAAUCAAUGGCAUACGAAUCGAUGUGAUCUCACGUCAACAUUUGUGGGAAAACGGAUUGGACUUUGGUCAUGGUGUAGGACAUGGAGUGGGACACUUCUUGAAUGUGCAUGAAGGACCGAUUGGCAUUGGAUAUAGAAGAUAUUCGCCAGAAGGAGCGAUUCAUGAAGGGAUGAUAAUCACGAUUGAGCCGGGUUAUUAUUCAGAAGGGAAAUGGGGGAUUCGAAUUGAGAAUUGUUAUGAGGUUGUGAAAGCACCGAAGACACGUUUGGGUUCGGAUAAUUUCCUGACAUUCGAACCGUUGACUUAUGUACCGAUACAGAAAUCAUUAAUCGAUAAGCAGCUGCUCUCGAAAAAUGAGGUGGAUUGGUUGAAUAGAUACCAUGAAAAAUGUCUAGAAAAGGUCGGAGAGUACCUUUUAAAAGAGAAAAAGAAAGACGUGUACGAUUGGCUGACAAAGGCAUGCAGUCGACUGUGA